UCGUCUUGGUUUGUGUGUUUGCUUCUUCGGUGGAAUCGCAUAUGUUAUAAACAGACUACAAAGRAUUAAUACACGAAAAAUACUUUGAGAUACUCCGUGCACAGCAGUACAGUACAGAGACGAGGUCGGUGGACGUUUCCUCGCUAGAGAUUAGCCAAAAAAGGAAAACAACUAGAAAUGCUUCGCUUCUAAUCACAAUGAGCCAGUCCGACGAAAGCCAAGACGUCUGCAAGAAGCAAGACACCAAAAUUCACGAUGAAUUUCAAAAAGGCCAACAAGAGCCCGCUCCACCCGUUCCCAUGAUUCCUGACGAUAUUGACGAUGGCGACGACAAUUAUCCACUCAUCACUUCGGUAUUCUCGCUCGCUUCGUCGGACGAAACUGACARCCCUGAUAAAAAAUCUAGUUCAACGAAAGAGUCACCAAAGGACGGGAAGUCAACACAGUUGACGUCGCCCACAAAGGUUGGCACCACUUCCUCAAAUGAGACUGUCAAACUGUCUCAAUCAAGCUCGUUUCGAAUCAAUCCUAAGCCCUCAUCGUCAGCCGCGCAAGGGAAUGCUCCUUACUUUGUUGGUAAAGGCAAGCUGCUUCUACCUAAAAGCGAUGAAGGUAAGGUCUAUUCAACGCAUCAGCCUUCCGGUAUGACAUUCAGUAAGAUGGUCAGCAUACAGCCUAUAACAACYAGUGCUUCCRCCUCGACUACAAGUGAUGGAACUAASACUARUACCUCUGUCUUAACUAGAAGCGCUCAAAAGAAGAAAGACGCAACUUCCGGUAAUAACACCGGAAGUGACGUGCYAGCGAAUGCCACUUCCGGUAGCUCUAGUCCCAUGAUUAACUUAUCGACGACACUUCCGUUUUUGAAUAUGAAAUCAGCGAGUACCCAAAUUGCRGUGCCUCCGUUGAACACCGUUACUCCGCCAAGUAAUCCAUCGUUAAACGUAACGAAUCCACUAGUUCAGAUGGUUCAACGUAUUGCGCCUGCUACCACCGUUGUCAAAAACCCCGUCACUACCCUCUCAAAGGCAAUACCACCCGUAACGACUACCGUAAAACCACCGCAACCGAAACCCCGUCAUGUGAAUAUAGCUCCAGCACCAACUAAUCCUACUAAAUUUGUUGUGGUAACUAAGGCACUCUCCACUCCUACUGCAAGCAACCCGGCUGUAACUACAAACCCGGCAGCCGGUAAUGUUCGGCGGAUUGUCACGUCACCAAAUCAAACAAAGCCCGCCCUUCCAGUUAGUCCUGGUCAGCUAAUGUACCUUAUCGAGAACAAGACGGCUGAUGGGAAAACCUACCGUUUUCUYAUCCCCACAGACAAUGCGAAGAUUGUAACUAAUCCUGCUACGAAUGCAAAGACUAUCACGGUCGUCACCACUAAARCACAACCUGCAGCAGUAGCAGUUACACCGUCAGCCACUGCGGUCACGUCGCCACCSACGCCACUUAUAAGGAUUGUCCCCAAACCACCGCUGACCACAGCUGUUACGACAGUAUCUCAAGCGCCAAUUGCGACGACAGUAUCUCAAACCCCAACAACUACAGUUUCAGCUGUGACCUCCAGUAUACCAGCAACUGGUUCGAAAUCUGUUCCUACUAACACAAUUUUAAACACAGCUCGUCCUGUAAUGUUGAAUUUUGGUACCCCUCCCACUGUAGGUGGCAAUGUUACACCCCCCGGAUCAACAUCCCCAGACACGAACAUAAUGAAUUUAACGUCUCCAAUCUCGGAGGAAGAGUCGAUUAAUACUCCUCCGAUUUCUCCCGCACCGACCGAAGAGUCCCCGACCAAUGACGACUCGAUUGAUAGUGGAUUGAGUCCGCAUGAGGCGAGGAUCCAGAAGCUUAAAGACCUUUUACGAAAGCAGGAAGACGCUGUUAACCGUCUUAGAGAAAAGCGCAAGAAAGAAAUCGAAGAUGUUCGCGCUUCGCCAGCAACCACCACAUCCAAAAGCGAUACCAAUKCCGMCAGUAAUAAACGAGAUAGUCCAUUUGCUGUACCACUUCCUCCAAAGAAAYUGCGAUAUGAACAAUACMGGCGYAAUAAGAUAAAAGACACAGAGAUGCAGACAUCAAAAGAUGGCUUUUUACCAAACACCGAUGACACACAUUUUGUCAAAUUAGUUGGGCUAGAGAAAGUUGUUGAUAAACUUAAAGCAAAGAAAAUCCUUGAACUCAGCGAAAACAAGGUAUCGGAAUAAACGCCAUGAUCUGAUUUUAUAGUUUGUAUUUAUCGAGUUUUUGAUUAGAAAYGGUUUGUGAAUCUUGUAUAGUAUCUGCAUAUAUAAACAGUAAGUAAAAUGGCACUUGCCCGUUGGCGCAAUUUUAUUAUCUGAUUGUAUUAUAUACAYCUAAUUUCCUAGUUUAUGAUUUGCAGGUGUUUAAGAACUGUAAGAAUGAUUGACUUUCCUAAGAAAUGUAUUUCAGUGUUUUUCCUAAUCAUAACAAUCGGGAAUUUCCGAUAUGGGUAUAGUCACGUUCAAGAAUAAAGCGAGGUAUUUUCAAGGAAAAAUGUAUGCGAGCUUCGAAAACGCUCACCKAAAGUACCUCGUUUCAUUUGUGAAUCCCAGAUAUUUUUGAAAGGGCGCCGCAUCUCGGAAAUCAUAUAUUAUAAAUAAAGGAAGUUGUACCGAGGACCUGACAAUGCAAAAGUCGGCACACAGAUUGCCUAUUUCGCAGUUCUAAUAGGCAAUGUGCAGCGACAUCUUUUUUACAAGAAGGCAUGAUGGGACUUUUCAUACGCCUUAGAAAUCUCCCUAAAAAAAGUKUUUAUAUUUUCUUUGUAGAAGCGGCUAUACUAUGUCUAUACCAAGCAGAGAAAAAUCUAAUGYAGUUCAUUAUUAGAACAAUUUCACAUACGCGUUUUUAACAUGCAAAUGAGUUUGCCGAGUAAUUAACAUGAAAAUUAGUUGUCACCUAAGCUGAGUUGAAACCCGUGCUGACCAAGGCAUUCGGAUGGUGCCAGUUUGACUUUUACAUGAAUUUAAGGUUAUGGAUGGGAAAGUGAUUAAUUUUAUUUCGAAUUCUCAUAAACUCUUCUUGUUUGAUCUGUUUGUAUACUACAUAAAAAGAUAGAGAUGGUUGUAAAACUUCAUUAUUUUACAAUGACUGCUUUAAAUUAUCUAGAAAAAUCUAGCACGCAUAAAUUGCGCUAAAGUCAAUUCUCACAAUUAUGGAUCUACYAACUAAUUUGCAUGUUAAAUACUCGCAAAACCAUUUGCAUGUAAAARGCGAUUAUGUGAAAUCGUUCUAUUGGGACUGUUUUAGUGGACAUGGAAAAGUCGCUCGCGGCGAGGACUACAAUUCCCAUCAUGCCUUGUUGCAUCGAAGGCGUCGCCGUACGUGGUUCUACCAUGUUUUUAAUAUAUAUUCAUUUUCGCGUAGUACUUCCUUGAGUUUUGAUCGCAUGAURUAUUUGACCAGGAAAAAUUGUCGCCAUAUUGGAUAUGAAGUGAAGAGAAUCUGACGAGGAUAGCUUUAUUAUCUUCAUCCAUUAUGGCGUUUAAGUGAUCGGCAUUUGAAAAAGGAAACAAAGACAUUGUGGAUUUAAAGUAAACGCACUUAAUCCUUGAAAUUAUACAAAAGCAAAACAGAAWUUUUUACGAGUAAUACUCCAUUUUACAUUUGUAAACGCCAUCUUGAAAGGUAGCCGAGCCUUAGCAUUAAAGCAAACAGGAUUCGUGCMUACAGUGAAAAAGUACCUAUUGUUAAMACAUAAGAUAAUAAUUCAUCGGUGUCCAUCAUUGCAAGAUCAGUCACUAUUUCGCUUUGAUAAUAAGGCUUGGCUAUCUUUCAAGAUGGCGCAGGGAGCUAUGAACUGCYAAAGAUCCUGUGAAUGAUCGCUAUUCUUUAUGAACACCAUUUACUAAACUACAUAGUACAAGAAAGUAAAAAUUCACGGAUUAAAUGCUUUCAGUCUACCAGAGAAACUAAUAAGUAUUAAUCUUUUAUUAUCAUCCAAUAUUAAAUAAGUUGUACAAUAAGAAUUAUUUUUUUUUGACAAAUGUUUGGUAUACUAGAUCUUAUAAUAGACCUUGUGUAUACGUCAUACGGCCGCCAUCUUGAAUGUAUCUAAGAAACUAUKGGACUCGUGACUUCUCAUGGCCAAAUAUCGAUGUUUUGGACGAAUACAAAUUUAAAUGAAUUCUACAUAGAGCUAUUUCAAAAAAGGUUGACAGACUGAAGAGAGAAUCCACGACCGAAAGUUACCAUAAGCCUUUUCUGAGAUAGCAGUUUGCAUUGCAUUGUGGUCUAGACUCAGUACAACAACUUUUUGUUCAUGCUGCCAAAUACUGCGUUGUUUGUGUUGAAGCUAGACCACAAUGCACUAUUAUUUUGUAUUUCAGAAAAGGUCUAUAGGUACAGAUUAUUGAUGACAACAUUAACUUAUGAGAGACAUCAAUAAUGUUUCCAACAAAUAAAGAUUUUCAAUGUUGAAUUUUUAAUUAGUGUUUUUUCAGCGGAUGAGAGURACAAUUUGUUUUGAAAUAGCUAUAAACACUUGUCAUUUUCAUCAAUUCUGACCAGCCUAGCCUGCAAGAAUUUCAAUAUUAACUGAAAAUUAAUCCCUGUUUUGUUUAUCCUUUCAURUCUAUUUUUGGCCAUUUUUGUUUCAAUUUAUGUAAAUCGAGGUGGGGACCGUACUGGCGAUACAUUAAAAACAGUCGGGGUUUUUGGGUUUGGUUGAAAUAAGAGAGAUGAUGUCGUGAGAUGAUUUGCUGGCAUUAUCUUCUAUUUUUGAUACCUUAGUUUGGUCGUACGAAGGACUGAUGAAGUCUACCUUGUAUUGCUUGUAAAUAGUGAUAUAAGAUAUUCCAUUCUUAGAAUAUCAAUAAAGUUUAAACUACUCUUUAA